UGGGUGCAAGGAGUUUGGUUUGUGUCUGCCGGCUGGCAGGCAAACGCAACCCACGCAGUGGGGGAGGCGGCUAGCGUGGUGGACCCAGGCCGCGUGGCCCUGUGGCAGCCGAGCCAUGGUUUCUAAACUGAGCCAGCUGCAGACGGAGCUCCUGGCGGCCCUGCUCGAGUCAGGGCUGAGCAAAGAGGCACUGAUCCAGGCACUGGGUGAGCCGGAGCCCUACCUCCUGGCUGGAGAUGGCCCCCUGGACAAGGGGGAGUCCUGCGGCGGCGGUCGAGGGGAGCUGGCUGAGCUGCCCAAUGGGCUGGGGGAGACUCGGGGCUCCGAGGAUGAUACGGACGACGAUGGGGAAGACUUCACGCCACCCAUCCUCAAAGAGCUGGAGAACCUCAGCCCUGAGGAGGCAGCCCACCAGAAAGCCGUGGUGGAGACCCUUCUGCAGGAGGACCCGUGGCGUGUGGCGAAGAUGGUCAAGUCCUACCUGCAGCAGCACAACAUCCCACAGCGGGAGGUGGUCGACACCACUGGCCUCAACCAGUCCCACCUGUCCCAACACCUCAACAAGGGCACCCCCAUGAAGACGCAGAAGCGGGCCGCCCUGUACACCUGGUACGUCCGCAAGCAGCGAGAGGUGGCGCAGCAGUUCACCCAUGCAGGGCAGGGAGGGCUGAUUGAAGAGCCCACAGGUGAUGAGCUACCAACCAAGAAGGGGCGGAGGAACCGUUUUAAGUGGGGCCCAGCAUCCCAGCAGAUCCUGUUCCAGGCCUAUGAGAGGCAGAAGAACCCCAGCAAGGAGGAGCGAGAGACGCUGGUGGAGGAGUGCAACAGGGCGGAAUGCAUCCAGAGGGGGGUGUCCCCAUCACAGGCACAGGGGCUGGGCUCCAACCUCGUCACAGAGGUGCGUGUCUACAACUGGUUUGCCAACCGGCGCAAAGAAGAAGCCUUCCGGCACAAGCUGGCCAUGGACACAUACAGCGGGCCCCCACCAGGGCCAGGCCCGGGACCUGCGCUGCCGGCUCACAGUUCCCCCAGCCUGCCCCCGCCUGCCCUCUCUCCCAGUAAGCUCCACGGUGUGCGCUAUGGACAGCCGGCGACCAGUGAGACUUCAGAAGUGCCCUCAAGCAGUGGCGGCCCCUUAGUGACAGUGUCUACACCCCUGCACCAAGUGUCCCCCACGGGCCUGGAGCCCAGCCACAGCCUGCUGAGUACAGAAGCCAAGCUGGUCUCAGCAGCUGGGGGCCCCCUUCCCCCUGUCAGCACCCUGACGGCACUGCACAGUUUGGAGCAGACAUCCCCAGGCCUCAACCAGCAGCCCCAGAACCUCAUCAUGGCCUCACUUCCUGGGGUCAUGACCAUCGGGCCUGGUGAGCCUGCCUCCCUGGGUCCUACGUUCACCAACACAGGUGCCUCCACCCUGGUCAUCGGCCUGGCCUCCACGCAGGCACAGAGUGUGCCGGUCAUCAACAGCAUGGGCAGCAGCCUGACCACCCUGCAGCCCGUCCAGUUCUCCCAGCCGCUGCACCCUUCCUACCAGCAGCCGCUCAUGCCGCCUGUGCAGAGCCAUGUGACCCAGAGCCCCUUCAUGGCCACCAUGGCCCAGCUGCAGAGCCCCCAUGCCCUCUACAGCCACAAGCCCGAGGUGGCCCAGUACACCCACACGGGCCUGCUCCCGCAGACUAUGCUCAUCACUGACACCACCAACCUGAGCGCCCUGGCCAGCCUCACGCCCACCAAGCAGGUAAGGUCCAGGCCUGCUGGCCCUCCCUUGGCCUGUGACAGAGCCCCUCACCCCCACAUCCCCGGGACUCAGGAGGCUGCUCUGCUCCCCCAGGUCUUUACCUCAGACACUGAGGCCUCCAGUGAGUCCGGGCUUCACACGCCGGCCUCUCAGGCCACCACCCUCCACGUCCCCAGCCAGGACCCAGCAGGCAUCCAGCACCUGCAGCCAGCCCACCGGCUCAGCGCCAGCCCCACGGUGUCCUCCAGCAGCCUGGUGCUGUACCAGAGCUCAGACUCCAGCAACGGCCACAGCCACCUGCUGCCAUCCAACCACAGCGUCAUUGAGACCUUCAUCUCCACGCAGAUGGCCUCUUCCUCCCAGUAACCACGGCACCUGGGCCCUGGGGCCUGUACUGCCUGCCUGGGGGGUGAUGAGGGCAGCAGCUAGCCCUGCCUGAAGGACCUGAGCCUGCUGAGCUCCUGUGGCCCUUCCUGGACAGCUGUGCCUCGCUCCCCACUCUGCUCUGAUGCAUCAGAAACAGAGGGCUCUGAGGCGCCCCAACCCAUGGAGGGCUGCUUGGGUUGCACAAGAGGGGGCCAUGGAGAGCUAGGAGCAAAGCCUGUUCCUGGCAGAUGGAGGAGGGACUGUCCCUGCUGUGUGGGACACAAUCUGCUUACUUGGAACAGAAGGGGGCGGCCUAUGACUUGGGCACCCCCAGCCUGGGCCUGUGGAGAGCCCUGGGACCGCUACACCACACUGGCAUCCACACUUCUCAGGAAACAAGCCUGUGUAGCUGUGACCUGCUGAGCUCUGAGAGGCCCUGGAUCAGUGUGGCCUUGUUCGGUCACCAAUGCACCCACUGGGCCACUCCAUCCUGCCCCAACUCCUUCCAGCUAGUGACCCACAUGCCACUUGUACUGACCCGAUCACCUACUCACACAGGCAUUUCCUGGGGGGCUACUCUGUGCCAGAGCUUGGGGCUCCAAUGCCCGAGCCCAGGGAGGCCGAAGCUAACAGGGAAGGCAGGCGGGGCUCUCCUGGCUUCCCCUGUCCCCAGCGAUUCCCUCUCCCAGGCCCCGUGACCUCCAGCUUUCCCGGGUAUUUGUUCCCAAGAGCAUCACGCCUCUGAGGCCAGCCUGGCCUCCUGCCUCUACUGGGAAGGCUGCUUCAGGGUUGGGAAGUUGUCCUUAUUCCUGUGGGAGCCUCGCAACCCAUGCCAAGUCUAGGUCCUGGUGGGGCAGCUCCUGUCUCGAGGGCCCUGCAGACCCUGCCCUUAUUUGGGGCAGGAGUAGCUGAGCUCAGAAGGCAGCAAGGCCCGAGCAGCUGAGCAAGGCCCAAGCGGCUGGCCAAGCUGAGGUGCCCAGAAGAAAGAGGUGACCCCAGGGCACAGGAGCUACCUCUGUGGACAGGACUAAUAGAAUCCUGGGGGUCUGGCUGGCUGAGGGCAGUUCGUAGCCACCCUGAGGAGUCCGAGGUCCUGAGCACUGCCAGGAGGGACAAAGGAGCCUGUGAACCCAGGGCAAGCAUGGUCCCACAUCCCUGGGCCUGCUGCUGAGCACCUGGCCCUCAGUGCACCGCCUCCACCCUGGGAUUCAGGAAAAGGCCUGGGGUGACCCAGCACCCCUGCAGCUUGUAGCCAGCUCGGGUGAGCGGCACGUUUAUUUAACUUUUAGUAAAGUCAAGGAGAAAUGCGGUGGUAA